GGAGUGACAAUGCAGUUAAGUUUAAUCGCCAGCAUUUCUCUGGUGUGUAAUUUUGUUGAAGCUUUAGAUGUCAAAGUAGUAGACCUAUCUUACGAGCUUGGACCAGAAACAUUGUUCUUCCCAGGAAAUCCACCAUUUGUCUCAACUAUUUUACAUCGCGGUAACACUGGAGCACACUGGUAUGAGAUAAACAAGUUUGAAACAGCAGAACACGGUGGGACUCAUAUUGACGCACCCUCCCAUUUUGCCGAGGGUAAAUUGAGAUUACAUGAAAUUCCAAUGGAGAAAUUAAUAGGACCCGGGGUCAUCAUUGACGUUAAGGAUAAGGUAGCGGGGAAUUCAGAUUACAAAGUCAGUAUUGGUGACAUUAUGGCGUGGGAGUUGAAACAUAAGAAAGUUCCUGAAUGUGCAAUCGUUAUCAUGAACUCUGGAUGGGGUGCAAAUUAUCCAAACAAAACACUUACAUUUGGCACCACGACUCCAGAGGACCAAUCGACCUUCCAUUAUCCAGGCUGGCAUAAAGAAGCAGUUGAUUGGUUAAUAAAAACUAGACGGGUCUGUGUUGUUGGUGUUGACACCCCUUCGACUGAUCCCGGAGAUUCAACUUCCUUUCCGGUUCACCAGACACUUGGUGCAGCAAACGUUCCGGGGCUGGAAAAUGUUGCCAAUUUGGAUUCAGUUCCAGAGAGUGGUUCCAUUAUAUAUGUGGCGCCUAUAAAACUGAAAGACGGAAGUGGAGCACCAGUGAGGAUGUUUGCUACAUUUCCGAAAUCGGAUAUACGUACAAGGUAUAAUCAAGAACUUUAAUAUAAUUAUGCUAUUAAGACAUUGU